AUGGCUUUGCUCCCGCCCCUUGUGCCUUUUUUCUACUCAGUGCUAUUGGUCGCGUGCCUCUCCUCCAAAAUCCUACACCUUGCACAACAUGGGCAUUCCGUUGGACUGGGCGAUUUUCUAAUCUACUUACCGACGCUUUUCUUCCAAGAUCUACUAGUAAUAUGCCUCGGUCGCAUGCUGCUGCGCGGGCCGAACGGGGUUCUACAAUUGCUCGGCUGUAUACUAGGCACGUUGAUCGCACUUGUUUCCUACGGCGCUGCUGCUAGUCAGUUCGGCUUCUACUGGGAGACAGGAUCGCAGAUCGAAUGGGGUGCAACCGGCAGCUUCCUCCGCGACCCAGCAGCCAUGAAGAUCCUGUUCAGUGGCAUGCGAAGCGUGGCAUUGUCCGGGGCAGUCAUGUUCACGAUCUCGUACAUGACCACCCCGUAUCUGCAUACAUUAGUCGGGGGGAUGCUGUCGGCUGGCUGCAGUCUGGUCUGGCAAAAUAGUAAUGCUAAGGAUACACAAGACGCCAUUCUACCGACGCCGGAUUCAACUUGUCCACGCAGGUCUGGGGUGAGUUUCCGUACGCGUGUGUCAGCUAUUGUUGUAUUUAUCAUCCUGGUUGUCCUUCGCUUUUGUCGACCACAAGUGCCGUACGAUCAUCUCGCCUCGACGCUCCCAUUCUCCUUGUCAGCGGCCUUUCACAAAUCACACCAUGACUGUCAUCCACCACCGCCGCCACCCUUUCCAUUUCAAGACUUCGUCGAACCCAAGCAGUCGGAACAUCCUCAUGGCGAGUACCCUGGCGAGCACCCAGGAUCGGCGCCCGAUCGCCCCUGGCCAUUCUCGUGGCCAAAAUGGCUACCAGAGGACCCUCCGCCUGGUUUUAGCCGAUGGACGAAACAAUUGAAGCAGCAAGAUAAAAAAGAGGACAAAGCUGGUGAUUGCGAAAAGCCUACCUUUUUCUACAACGCGGCAACCGACCCAUCCAAAGUCUCGAAUUUGGACAAUCCGAUAUACGACAAGCUGAGAGAAGCGUUUGACAAGAAUUCCGUUCAAGUGGAACACAUUAUCCUGCUCACACUGGAGAGCGCAAGAAAGGACGUAUUUCCGAUGUUGGAAGGGUCAGAGCUGUACGAAUUGAUGCUGAGUACGUUCGCGCAACGCAAACGGGCCGGGGCAAUUGAUACGCUUUCCAUGAUGACCCCGACCGCGCAGAUGUUGACGGGCGAGUAUGCGAAGAACAGCAAUGGCGAGCGAAAUACAUUUGACGACUGGUCGUGGAAGGACCGGAUUGAUUCAGAUAUGGGUGGGAUUAACGUCAAGGGGGCGAUGACGGGCAGUACGCUGACAUUGAAGAGUCUGCUGAGCAGUUAUUGCGGUGUGAAUCCGCUCCCGGUGGAUCUGCUUGAGGAGGCAAACCUUGACAUUUAUCAGCCAUGUUUACCGCACAUUAUGGAUUUGUUCAAUUCGCAGAAGAAUGAUGAUGGCCGUGAUAAGGACGAUUUCAAGGAGCGCAUGUGGAAUUCGGUUUUUAUCCAGUCUUCCACGGAUACGUACGACCGGCAGGCACUGAUGACCCGGCGCAUGGGCUUCAAUCAGUCGUUUGUCAAGGGGGAUAUUGAUAAUCCAAAAGGAAAAUACUUUCCCCCAGAGAGCGAGGAAAUCAAUUAUUUUGGAUACGCCGAACAGGAGUUGGACCCGUAUGUCAAGGAUAUCAUCUUUUCAGCAGCAGCAGAUAAAACCCGACUCUUCAUGUCCCAUAUGACCGUCACAACGCAUCACCCAUGGAAACUACCCAGCGACUCCAAAACAGAAGAUUAUUUCGGCGAGGACCGGACGACCCAUCGGGAUUUGAAUGCGUUCCUCAACACCGUGCACUAUGUCGACAGAUGGGUGGGCAAGAUCAUUGGGUAUCUGGAGGAGGCCAAAAUAGCUGACAAGACUCUCGUCGUUGUUGUCGGCGAUCACGGACAAGCCUUUGAGGAAGACGACUGGGUACAAGGGACUUAUGAAAAUAGCCACAUUAGCAAUUUCAAAGUCCCGCUCGUAUUCCGCCAUCCAAAUCUCCCUCGCAUCGAGGUUGAAGCAAACGCUACCUCUUUAUCGAUUCUCCCGACCGUGUUGGACCUGCUCGUGCACAGCAACUCGCUAAACCAGCAUGACACCAGUGCGGCCGAGUCUCUUGUGCACGAAUACCAGGGCCAGUCGCUCUUGCGGCCGUUCAAAAACGAGCACAAUGGCCGACAGGUGUGGAAUAUGGGGGUGAUAAACGCGGGCGGCAGUCUGCUGGCGGUGACAUCCGCAGGCCAGCCAUACCGGUUGGUGGUGCCUCUUCAGAAUGCGUCUAGCAGUAUUUUCCAUAUCAAAGGCGUGACGGAUAAAGUCUUUGAGUAUCGCUUCACGCACACGGGCCGCGACCCGGCGGAGAGAGCGGCAGUGGAAAGCUGGACGUGGGACGGGCUGCAAAAGAUGGUGGGCAGAGAGUAUGGCGCGGAUGCCAUGACAUGGACGGAAAACGCGGCAAAGAUGGCGCGAUGGUGGGUUGAGGAGCAGCAACGGGUGUGGAAUUAUUAA